UACUGCAACUCCCCCGGCCGGCUGAAGUAUAAAACAAACCGGAGCAACCACAGCCGCACACUUCUUCCUAUCUCUUUCUAAACAUGAAGACUUUCGUGGUACUCGGCGCGCUGUUGGCGCUGGCUCAGGGAGGCCUGCUGCGCAGCGCCCUCCUGCGCAGUGGCCUGGCCGGCCCGUCACUCGGCCUGGCGCACGUGUACUCGUCCACCUCUGUGCACCCGGCGGGUAUCGCGGCUCCAGCCACCGUUCAGAUCUCCGGCCCAGCCGCCGUCGAGAUCGCUGCUCCUGCCGCCGCCGCUGUGGAAAUCGGAGAGGCUCCGGGCAUUGCUGGUCUCGCCCCAGGUGCCCUGGCUGUCGGAGGCCCCGGCUUUGCCGGUCCCGGUGCCGCUGUGGAGAUCGCUGGCCCUGCUAUUGGUGCUCCUGGCGCCCUGGCUGUCGCAGGCCCCGGCUUUGCCGGCCCCGGUCCCGCUGUGGAGAUCGCUGGCGCUGCUAUUCCCGCCCCCGCCGCCAUUGCCGCCAGUCCGGUGGCUCUCACCAACGUGAACGCCGCCGUGCCCCCUCCGACGCCCGACAACGGCCUGUCGCCCGGCCUGCCCUCGCUGGUGAGGAAGAGCCUGGUGUCGGCCGAGGGCCGUCCCGUCACCGUCAACCAGCCGCACAUCACCCAGACCGUGCCCGAGAUCACUCACACUCAGGAGAACGUGCCCGUGCCGAUCCCCAACCCGGUGCCCGUUCCCCGUCCGGUGCCCGUGCCGGAGCCCUACCCAGUCACGCCUGUGAUCGAGAGCACCGAGGUGGUGCAGCCGGUGGUGCAGCCGGUCGUACACAACACCGUCACUGCUGUACACAGCGUGGCUCAUCCCGGUGCCGCCAUUGGGGUGCCUGCCGGCGCUGCCAUCGCUGCCAGCCCUGCCCUCGCUGCCGGAUCGGCCGUCGCCACCGGUCGCGCCUUCGGUCUCACAUACGGCGCCUUCGGUCUUGCUCACGGUUACAACGGCGCCGCCAUCCUGGCCCACUAGAGCGCUUCAACGCCAUCUGUCGGCGAAGAUGUCAAGACGAGGCUGCGACAGCCUCGGCUGACUUGUCGCUUAUAGAUAUUUCACCGAGUACCAGAAACGUACUGGAUCUUCAUGCUGGUGUCUAUGUCUGCAUCAAUGAUGCAACUGUAUUUUUAUAUAAAAUCAUUCUCUUCACCGACUGUCGUUUUAUCAGGGGCAUGCAAUACAAACGUUCAUUUGA